AUGACAAGAAGAUAUUGGAACAUCAAUUUGGAAGAGAUGAUGGAGGCAGGAGUUCAUUUUGGCCAUGGUACUAGGAAAUGGAAUCCUAAAAUGGCACCUUAUAUCUCUGCAAAGCGUAAAGGUAUUCAUAUUACAAAUCUUACUAGAACUGCUCGUUUUUUAUCAGAAGCUUGUGAUUUGGUUUUUGAUGCAGCAAGUAUGGGAAAAAAAUUCUUAAUUGUUGGCACUAAAAAUAAAGCAGCUGAUUCAGUAGCAUGGGCUGCAAUAAGGGCUCGUUGUCAUUAUGUUAAUAAAAAAUGGCUCGGCGGUAUGUUAACGAAUUGGUCCACUACAGAAACGAGACUUCAUAAGUUUAGAGACUUGAGAACGGAACAAAAAACAGGGAGACUCAACCGUCUUCCGAAACGAGAUGCAGCUAUGUUGAAAAGACAAUUAGCUCACCUGCAAACAUAUCUGGGCGGAAUUAAAUAUAUGACAGGUUUACCCGAUAUUGUAAUCAUCGUUGAGCAGCACGAAGAAUAUACAGCCCUUCGAGAAUGUAUCACUUUAGGAAUUCCAACAAUUUGUUUAAUCGAUACAAAUUGUGACCCCGAUCUUGCAGAUAUUUCGAUUCCAGCGAACGAUGACGCUAUAUCUUCAAUCCGAUUAAUUCUUAACAAAUUAGUAUUUGCAAUUUGUGAGGGUCGUUCUAGCUAUAUAAGAAAUACGCUAAUGUUCCCCCUCCAUCCAAACACCCCUCCUAGGGGUUUAGGCAUUUUCGCAUCAAACACUCUCAAAACCCUACACUCAAAGAGCAGAAACCCUCUCCUUCGAUUCGAACUAGAAAAGUUAAGGCUCAGCUCAUUUUCUCCUCAUCAAAUGGCCUGCGCCGCCUUAUCCUCCGCCGCAAGAUCGGUUUUCCGAUCAACCUCCGUCCGAAACGCUGCCGCCCGGCUCGCCUCCGAAGCCAAAGCCGCUCGUUCUCCCUUUCGCAUCACAACCAGAAACCCUCUCUCAUCGCGAAUCUUCAGGUGUCCAGUUGAAAUGAGUGCGUGUGUGGAAUCGAUGCAACCGUACCACACUGCGACUGCUUCGGCGUUGAUGACGUCCAUGCUCACCAUCUCUCAACGCGGUUAUGGUUGGCUUCCCGAAGGUAU